UCAAUGUUGAGAAGAGUGACUUAAUGUAAAAUAACUUUGGUGGUCUCAAUAACUUUUCUAUAUAUAUAUAAAAGAGUUCAUUGCUUGAACAAGAAAAGCACAACAAACAACAUUUCCAAUUUUUCAUAUUUGGCAUAGUGUUUUCUUUAGCAGCAUGACAAGAAAGAAGGUGAAGUUGGCAUUCAUAGCCAACGACUCAGCUAGGAAGGCAACAUUCAAGAAAAGGAAGAAGGGUCUAAUGAAGAAGGUGAGUGAACUUAGCACCCUUUGUGGCAUUGAUGCAUGUGCUAUAGUUUAUAGUCCCUAUGACCCUCAACCCGAGGUUUGGCCAUCCCCAAUGGGAGUUCAAAGGGUGCUUUCCAAGUUCAGGAGAAUGCCUGAAUUGGAGCAAAGCAAGAAGAUGGUGAACCAAGAGAGUUUUCUGAGGCAGAGGAUCCUAAAGGCCAAAGACCAGUUGAAGAAACAAAGGAAGGACAAUAGGGAAAAGGAGAUGACUCAGCUCAUGUUUCAGUACCUUAGUGCAGGUAAAAUCAUGCACAACAUAAGCAUGGUUGACUUGAAUGAUCUUGCAUGGUUGAUUGACCAGAACUUGAAGGACAUCAACAGAAGGAUUGAAGUGUUGACCAAGAAUAAUGGUCAAAGUCAAACACAAGUUGCACCACCAGUGGUGACUGAUGUUGUUGCCAAGAUUGAAGACAAGGCACAAGGGAGUAGUAUUCAUCAUGGACAAGGGUUUGAUAUCAACAUGGAUCUCAUGCACAAGCAAAACUGGUUUAUGAAUUUGAUGAAUAGUGGUGGAGGUGGUGGGAACGAGGCAAUGCCUUUUGGUGAUGUUAAUAAUCACCAAAAUGGCUUUUGGCCUAAUCCCUUUUUCCAUUGAAAAUUGUCACGUGUUUGGUUUGAUGUUUAUUUGGACGUGAAAAAUAAGUGACCACGGAUUCAUGGUUUUGGAGUU